AUGGCUCCUCAUGGUCGACCCCCGCCGGCAUAUACGGCUCCUAAAGACUCGACCGUCCACGGCACUACCCCUAUCUACAAGUCUAUCUCCAAGACGGCCGCAGAUGCCUCGCAGCGUGCUCUGGAGACGUCGUUCACCAUCCACCCUUGUUCCGGACAGGCCUGGGUCGUCCCAGCCGGACAUGUUUGCCGCCUCACUACCCCUAAGGGCCCGCAGGUCGGGGAUCUGAACAUCUGGAACGCGCAGAACCCUCGAGAGCGUCUCUGGGCUGCCCGCACGCGUCAAAUCCAUGCUUCUCAUGUGUCUGUUGGCGAUCGUCUCUGGUCCAACCUGCCAUACCUGCGGCCUCUUGUGACGAUCACGGGGGACUCGCUGGCCGGCGGUCAACUGCAUGAGUUAGUUAAUGACAACGGCGUGCGGAAAGCUACCUUCGGCACCACCCAGUUCGGAGGACGGUGUCAUGACCUCCUGGGUACGCGGUGCGAUCCCUAUGUUAAUCUGCUCAUGGGUGGGGAGUCGUUCGAUUACCAUUGUCAUUCCAAUCUGACUCGCGCGGUCGUUCCCCAUGGGCUUACGGAGCUGGAUGUGCACGACGUUCUGAACGUCUUCCAGGUUACUGGACUCGAUGAGGAGGGGAAAUACUUCAUGGAGACCUCUCCAGCGAAGCCGGGCGAGUACUUCGAAUUCUUUGCGGAAGUUGACGUCCUAUGUGCGCUUUCGGCCUGUCCAGGCGGUGACCUUUCUAACUGGGGCUGGGAAGGAAAGGAGGAUACUAUGGGAGCUACGACCCGUCCUCUUGGUGUGGAGGUGUAUAAGUUGACGGAUGAUAAGGUCCUAGAGGGGUGGAAGCAACCAGAAAGCCCUAAAUAUACCGGUAUGCAUGGCUUGAGAAUGCCCGAGCGAGAUAGUGAUGGUCCCCACUUUAACAUCUACUUCCAGGUCACCCUGAAGAAAGACUCUCCUCCCGAUGAGCUGCAAAAGGCCAAAGAAGAAGUGAAGAAGCAGGGCGGCACCGUCAAGCACGAAUACACCCUCAUCAAGGGCUUCACUGCCGAAUACCCAGAUGACCAGGUCAGAACGCUCGAGUCAUCCGAGCACAUCCACGUCGAGCAAGAUGGCGAGAUAAGGAUCCAGUAA